UUUUUCAUUUUUAACCUUUUCUUUUUGGCCCCGGUUUGGCUGCAGCAUCAAAAUGAUUUUGUAAUGUAACCUGAUUAAUAGAGUAAUGCCAUUUUUUCAUUAGCAUGAUGAUUAGCUGAGCGCCGUACGGCAAGGCGUAGGUGUGGCGUUCGUUGCGUAGGCCCUGUUUGAAUACUCUAACUCGGUUAGAUGUUAGAGUUAGAUUCUAAUCCUAAACUAACUCUAACCAAAGAGGUGUUUGAAUGAAAGGGUUAGAUUGUCAAUAAAUGAACCUUUUUCAAUCAUUUGACUCCUUUAUCAAGGAUUUGGUGUGGUGGAGGUAGAGAGAAAAUUAACAUUUUAUGGGCCCAACCCAACUCUAACCCAAAUAAACACCUCUUGGGUGUGUUAGUUUUUUUAAAUGGGUUAGAUGCAUCUAACCAACUCUAACCAUCCUGUUUUGGGUUAGAUUGGUCUAAUCUAACUCAUCGAUCAAACAGGACCGUAGUGUUGUACUUCUGUUUUUUGAGCAGGUUUGAGCAGGUUAUUAAAGUUGACAGACGUGUCCACUACUACUACACCUUCCCGUCUCCGUCGCCUUAACUAAAAGAUGAGAUGGCUUUUGCAAUGGACUAGUGGCAUUUGACAACACCACCAUCACCAAUCUCUAGAUCCAGCCAAGAUGAACGAUCUGAUGACGGACUCCUUCGUCGGCGCCGCUGCAGCAGCGCCCCAGGCGAAGAGGCAGCAAGACGGCGGGUCUGCCGCCGGCGUCGACAAGCUGCAGGCGUUCUUGGCGGAGGCAGAGGCGGCCAAGAACGAGAUGACCGCGCUGCGCAACGAGCUUUCCCAGCUGCAGUCCGCGCACGAGGCUUCCAAGUCCCUCCUCCGCCCCGGCGCGCCCCGCGCCGCCACGCAGGCCGCGCUCGUCCGCCUCCUAGGCUCCGCCCGCCGCCUCCGCGCCCGCCUUGCAUCCAUGGACCGCCGCGCCCCGGCGCCCGCUGCACACGCCACCGCGGGCCUCCGCGGCCGACUCCAGGACCUCACUGCCGGGGUCCAGACCCUCCGGCGUCAGGUCUCCGCCGAGCGCCGUGGCGACGCGGCCCGCUGCUACCUCGCCGUGGCCGGCGAGGCCCCCACCGAGGACCAGCUGGAUCGACUCGUGGCAAGCGGCAGUGCGGGCGCCAACGACGCCGACGAGGCGAUGCGGGCGGCCAUGCUGUCGUCCUCCGAGGUCGAGAAGGUGGAGGGUGGGCUCUUGGAGCUGCAGCAGCUGUUUCUUGACAUGGCCGCGCUGGUUGAGUCCCAGGGCCCGCUCUUGGAGGACGUUGAGCGGCAUGUCGCAGCGGCAGCGGAGGACGUCGGGGCGGCCGAGGGGGAGCUGCGAGAGGCCCAGCGGCUCCAGGGCGCCGCGCGGCGGAGGAGAAUGUGGUUGGGCGGGGGGCUCGCGGCGCUGCUGCUGGUUGCCCUCGCCGUGGCGGCCGUCGUGGUGGCUCUCGCUCUGUCGCGGCGCAAGGGCGGCAGCGUGCAGCUCGCCGGUGCCGCCAUGUCUGGCUUUGGGGAAUUUGCUGGUGUAGGUGUGUUUCGUUUUCCUGGGUUGUGAACUUGUGAUGCGCCAGCGUGGCCGCGUUCACUUUUUCGGUUGGGGAGUGCCGCGCGCCGGGCGAAAGAUCCACCAACCCAGUGAGUCCGCAUCGUUUGGAUCUAUAUACAACAUUUUUUGUUUCGAUGCA